CAAAAAAAGUCUACCUCGUGGCCUUGGCAACAACCUUUGACCCAAACAUUCCCAGCAGGUUACUGGAGCUACUCAUCUUUCAAUGUUAUUAUUUGCUCUCAGCUUUUCCUCUUUAUUCUAGCACUCGGUUGUUGUAGCAGUAAUUGUAGCAGCGAUGCCGACGAAUAAAGCCUCCAAAUCUAAAAAGGCCAAAGGCGGGAAAGAAAAGAAGGAAGGCAAACGGGACUCGAAAACGGACAAAGAGUCGGACGUGGAGAAGGCCAAGGCCCACGCCGUACUGUGGGAGCUGAGGUUAAAGGCCACCGAGCAGUCCCUGAGGGACUACACCGAGUCUUGUCAGAGGGUGGCACGCGCAAACGAGCAUCUCACCAAUCAGCUGUACCACGCGGAGAAAGACGCGAUCCAUAUAGCAGGCCACUGGGAGAGACAGCUGGCAGCUAAAGAGGAAAAGAUUUGUGUGCUGGAGAAUGCCUUACAAACUCAGCAGGCGCUUGCCCGAGAAGAGAAGGACAAAUUGGUCAGUGAGCUUAACAUGAUCCAGGAAGAAAUGAAGAAAAUGAAAGAGAUAGAAGUCCAAAGGGAGCAGGAUAUCGUUCACAUGAAACAAAGCAGCGAUGAUGCUUACAAGAAGCUAAUGGAACACCUAAGAGAGAAGGAGGAUCAGUUCUUAAAAGAAAUGGAACGCUUGGAGAAAGAAACAAAGGCAUGCAGUCAAACAAUGGCCAAGAUGGCGGAGGACCACCGUGAAGCCAUUGUGCGAUUGAAAGAUGCUUUGCACUCUGUGAUCAAGGAGCGCGAUUGCCUCAGGGACAAGCUGAAAUAUCACAUAAAGGAGGCAGAGGAUCUGCAGAAGUUAGCAAAGUUACUGACUGAGGAAAACACCUCACUGGCAUUGGACAAGAGCAUGUUGGAGUUGACGGUAAAGGACAACGCAGCACAGUUGGGGACUCAAAAACAGAAGCUAUCUGAGCUGAGGGCCGAGGUGGCUUCCCUGGAGGAGGCCCUACAGCUCAAAGCCGUGGAGAUUGAGCAGCAGGAGAAGAAGGAGAAGGCGAACCUGGUCACCAUCCAGGCCAGCCAGGUGGAGCUGGACAAGUUGCAGAAAGUGCUCGCGAUGCGAGAAAAGGAACUGAAGCAUGUGAAGCAACUGGCGAGCACCAUUGUAGCAAAGCGCCAAGAGCUGGAGGAGUUCUUCCAUGAAGCACUGGGUCACGUGAGGAAGGAGAUCAAGGACAGCAGGCUCCAAUACAAAAAGGAGGCACUGCAGAGUUAUCGUAGGAGGUUUAGAGAAGCCACAGCAGGAAAGAUAAAGUUCCCACCCAUCCGCACCUUCCAUAAAACUGCCCACAGUACCAACUCUGUCUAUUCAGACAUGGAGGCGGCUGCGACAUGGACGGAUCGACCAGGGAGCGAAGUUGAAAUCUCUGAUCUCACUUGGGAGCAAAAGGAACAAGUGCUUCAGCUUCUCUUUGCUAAAAUGAAUGGAUGCAGAGAAAGCCAAGUCAGCCGACAGGUGGCUCUGCCGGCCUCCACUGAGAAGAGGAGCUUCACGGAGAGCGAUGUAGCCGGAAUUAGAGAGGAGCUGUCCCCGGCGACCAUCAGCACCCCGGCGCCAUCGGAGUCCACGCUGCCCUCGCGGCCAGCCGCCCAGCCAGAUACACACAUCACGUGACCUCCGAGUGGCCUCUGUGUCUCACAUUAAACUGUGCUUGCGUGUUUCUUCAAGAGUGUCAACUCAACUAGAAUAUAGGAUGUUUGUUUGUGCUUGUUCAAAAUAUCUUACCAUGCACGCAUGUGCGGUGUGGCAUGCGAGUGCUU